AUGCAUGAAGCUUCAACAAAAUCUAAGAACGACGCCUCCCCACCUGAUGCGGUCAAAGCGCAGCUCGCUUCACGGCUGGAGCAGCAGCCAAGCUGUUCUCGACAGAACCUUAGCCAAUCAAUCGAAUUAAAUGAGCAAUCAAACGAACGACCAUUGCCAAUAAAAUGUUUGUCUAAAAAAUCACUGGAAACAGUAAAGGAGCGUACGCAGCGGAAGAAAGUUGAAGGAAAGACAUCGGGCGAUUCUAAUGUGCGUGCGGAUGAGCAUAAGUUAGCUCUCCUUCAACUCGAUGCAGAGAGAUGUAGAUCAAAUAGAUGGCGAGAAACCGAACGCCAAAGAGCAGAACGCCUUGCUAAGGUAGCGGAAAGAGCCAGAAAAAGAAGAUCAACGGAAACAGAUGAGGAGCGUAUGCUGCGUUUACGGAAAUUUGCAGAGAGGAAAAGACAACGUGCACAUGAAGGCCUAGAGAAUGAAAUUUCCGAAGGUGUCAAACGUAACUCCACUUUGAGUUCGGAGCGCUUGGAAAAUAGAAUUACGGUUGAUCCAGAACAUUCAAGGGCACUUACACUUACGCCUUCAGAAACAACAGUUGCAAGUAUUACAGAUGAGGCUGAGAUAGAUUUAUCGCAACAACGCAGCGAAUAUGGUUCCACAACAUCACCUCUCAUGCAAAAUGUAACAGCAAAUGGGCACUUGAGCGAGACCCAAAGAUCUACAGUUGAGCAUGAGGAAGGCUGUCUAAAUGAAAAUGCCUCUGUGAUCUAUGCUCCUAUGAUUGCUCCGCCUGAGUUUGUUGCUGUAUCUUCAAAAGAUUCAGAAACUCCGCUGUUGAUUGGAAAUGACGAGAAUACAUCACUCUAUCCCUACUCUGCCACGGAAGCAAGCGCGAUCACCAACGAGAAUAACCUACUCACGUAUCGGAGGAAUCACAACGAAGAGGAACGAGGAGACAAUGUACCUGUGAAUCAGGCUCAACGUAACACGCCAAGGACGCCUACACCAAAUCCAGUGACCACUACUCUGUUACCACCCUAUUCUCCCCCAGUCAGCUCUCCGACGAUACCUCCUCCUCCUACAAUACCACCUUUUCCAUAUACGACCAGUCAGUCUCCCUAUACUGGACCUUCUAUAUCUUCUCCGAUAACUACUCCUAGUUAUCCGUCUCCGCCUUACUCUCCUCCUUCGCCAACAACUGCUCCUUCUAGUUUGCCUCCUUGUUCUGCACCACCUUAUUCUCCAUCCUCGCCUAUUCAGACCUCAUUACCAUACUCACCUCCAGUAACUACUCUUGGUUACACUACAGGGCAACCUCCUUACACAUCACCGCCGUAUGCUUCGUCCAGUAUACCUCCUUACACUUCACUCGCUCCAGGAGGGACUUCUACUCCUUACACCUUACCACCGUAUUCAUCUCCGGUAACUUCAACGCCUUAUACUUUACCACCGUACUCGCCCCCGAUCACUACUCCUCCAUAUAUUUCGUCUUCUCCCUAUUCACCUCCAGUUACUACUCCACCGUAUACUUUACCCUCUUCCACCACUAGACCGACACCUCCGACUACACCGCCUUACAUACCUCCUUCCACCACUAGACCAACGCCCCCAACCACUCCGCCUUACGUACCUCCUUCCACUACUAGACCGACACCUCCGACCACACCGCCUUACACUUCACCCGUAACAGUACGUCCGACUACCAGGCCAUCGUCAAGCUCAACACCAGCUUACUAUCCUCCCACCAAUGAAGAAUUGCAGAAUGUCUGCAGAAGCUGCUCCUCUGAGCUGGAAGCGCUUGCCGAGCGUGGACCGGAUUCUUACACGAACGGAUUGAUGAGGCAAAUGUCCAACGCUCUGGACUCGCUUCGUGACAAGAGGUACGAUGCUCGGACAUUGGAAGAAUUAUCUCCAACCGUCAACAGAUUGAGAACAGCGACUUCAACGACCAGAAACUGCCGACAGAGAAAUGUGUCCACUAGAGAUCUGAUAGUCUUCAGCGCAAACGUUCUUCCGUGGACCCUCGGAAUCGGCAAUCUGAAUCCAUCAACGCAGCGUGUUCAGAAUCUGUUCAACACAGCCAGCCUAUUUCUUGAACAAUAUUGCUGA